AUGGAGGACCAGGAGAUGCAACUGAAAGUGCGACGGGUUAGUGACAAAUUCACGGAGAGCAUGUACGUCCUUGCCAACGAGCCCUCGGUGGCCCUCUACAGACUGCAGGAGCACGUGAGAAGGUCGCUGCCUGAGCUCGUGCAGCAUAAGACAGACAUGCAGAGCUGGGAGGAACAAAGUCAAGGAGCCAUUUACACUGUCGAGUAUGCAUGCAGCGCUGUGAAGAGCAUGACGAACAGCAGUGUGUAUUUCAAAAACAUCGACGGCCUCCUCCGUCAGGCCAUCAGCAUGAAGGAACAGAUCAGCCAUUCUCAAGGACGCAGGUAGGAGG